AUGUCCAGCGAUCGUCAAAUCGGAAGCCAUUGCCUGUCCAGCUUGCUUGAUGACCCGAUCUUGGUGGGAACUGUGGAGAACACGAACUACGGUAUCGACCCCGUCCUUGAAUAUGAUGACGGCCUGUUCGUGGGUUACACGCACACCGGGAAGAUGAACAUUUUCGACACACCUGAAUUUGAGCACAAUCGUUAUGUUUUGGGACCUCAGUUUGGACGUCAGCAAACUUUACGAUUUGGAGGAUCCCCCAUAACGCCGGCCACCACUCUCACCGGAGAUGGUGGUGUUCCUAGGGAGAAUUCGGGCCCUGGCGGAGGAGGGGAGCGUCGGGGGACCUGCCCUCGGGUUCGUACCCUCCAUGAAGAUUUUCCAUCUUCUACUAUCGCCGAAGCCGGCUCUGUUUCUUCCACGAUCAACUAUCACGCCCCCGUCAACUUCGACUACCAUCCCAAAGCCAAGCCAUGGUGGGAUCGAGGCAUCACAGUCACCAGCUUGGUGGUGGAGGUGUCGGAGGAAAUAACGGAAGAGGCUUUGGGGAAAAUAGUGGUGAAUAUGGAGGUGAAGGGCAACCUCAUCGACUUCUUCUGGUAUUAUGAGCCGUCUUUGAUCACGAAGAUAACUGAAGAUAACAUCUAUCCCGAGGCCUUUUUUGACAUCCUCUGCCUCAGUCCUUAUGGCCACUUUACUGUCUACAUCGGAUUCUGCCUCGACCACAUUAGCGGUCUCGUUUGUGUUCGAUCUCGGUGCACCACUCCAACCUAUACUAUGCUCUUGGGCCGGUGA